UCAAUCUUGACAGCAAUGACAGCUGUCAGGUUUAAGGUUAUGUGCAACGUGUUUUUCAAAACAUGGAUUUUUGGAGAGACACUCUCGGUGCCCCUACGAAAAUUGUGGCCCCCAUGGUGGACGCCAGCGAACUGCCUUGGCGACUACUGAGCCGAAAAUACGGGGCCCAAUUAUGUUACACUCCGAUGUUGCACAGUGCAAUUUUCGCCAGGGAUGCAAAGUACCGCAAUGAAGCCCUUGCUUCGUGCGAGAUUGACAAACCCUUAAUCGUGCAAUUUUGCGGAAAUGACCCCAAAGUGAUGCUUGAAGCGGCCCUUCUGGCGCAGGACCAUUGCUGUGCCAUUGAUAUUAACUUAGGAUGCCCGCAAGCUAUAGCCAAAAGGGGCCACUAUGGGGCAUUUCUACAAGACGAGUGGCCCCUCUUGCAUGAAAUUGUGAGUUUGUUGAGUCAGAGACUUAAAGUGCCGAUUACUUGCAAAGUUAGGAGAUUUGAAAGUGUGGAAAAAACGGUGGAUUAUGCGAAAAUGUUGGUUUCAGCGGGGUGUAAGAUGUUGACAGUGCAUGGUAGGACAAGGGAGCAGAAAGGUCCUCUGACGGGGCUUGCAGACUGGAGUUAUGUUAAGGCAGUGAGAGAAGCAGUUGACAUCCCCGUUAUUUCAAACGGGAAUAUCCAGUGUAUGCAAGACGUAGACAGAUGUCUUGAAGAAACGGGGGCUGUUGGAGUAAUGACAGCUGAGGGAAACUUGUAUAAUCCAGCCUUAUUUAUGCAUCAAAAUCCCCCAGCAUGGGAGCCAGCCUUAGAAUAUCUAAAUCUCGUAGACAAAUUUCCUUGCCCACUGUCCUACAUUAGAGGUCACCUCUUCAAACUGUUUCACCAUGUUUUAUCAAUACCUAAAAAUAAUGACUUGAGGAUACAACUAGGAGCCGCUAAUACACUAGAAGAGUUCAAACGAAUCGUCAAUGUGAUGAAAGACUUGUAUGAACCUUUCCAUCAAGGGACCAAAUUAUGGCAAGACACCACUGAGCGGAACACUGAAAAUUUAAUUCUGCCGCCGUGGUUGUGCCAACCCUAUGUUAGGGUUUGUCCCGAAGAACAUCUAAAGAGAGUUGAAGAAAACUCAAAUAAGCAAGAAACAAAACGUCAGUAUGAAGACAGCGAGGGGAACCAAAUCAGUAGAAAAAAGAUGAAAAAACUAAGACGCAUUAGUAGAAGGCCACAAAAACCCGAUUCUGUUCCAUUAGAACGGAAUUUAAUCAAAUGCGCUAAUUGCGUUAAUCCUUUGGGUUCAAAAUGUAUCUAUCAGUUAUGCAAGAAAUGUUGCAAGGAUAAAUGUUUUUUAGAAAAUUUAGACUGUGCUGGACACAGAAUUUUAGUAAAGACGAGGCGAGAAAUGGCGAAAUUUUAUGCAAGGAAAGACAAUACAACUGAGCUAAUUGACGUGUCUUAAUAUAGAAUGAAGUCUGAGCUGGUUGGUCUAUCCGCUGGAACGGCCUGACGAAAGAACUUCCUGACUUGUGAUUUGAAUUAUUAUUGACAAUGUAAUUAACGCCCCAAAUAUAAAUAUCUAUAUUACACUAAUAAAUGGUUUUUAUAAAUGCACUUUUUACUGCUGUGUGCUUUUAAUUAAUCAGAAUUUAACCAAUAAUCAUGCUUACAUAAAAACUAAAAAAAAAAACUCUGACAGUGCUGGAUUAGGUAGUCAUCCUUGACUCAGUAUCAUGUCCCAAAACGGAUGUUACAUAAAAUAAUGCGUAUUUUAUCUAAUACCAAAUGGUUACACUCGUUUUACUUUCUGUAAACUAUCGGAAACAACCAAAAGGAACCAUUAAAAAACAUGCAGCUUAAUUCCUUUAUAAAGUGCAUUUAACUGCACGUAACGACCUUUACUCUUCUUUUAAUAAGCCUUUCCCAGUUUAUGUCACGUGUCGCACGUCGAUUUAUGUAAGAAAAUGACGUAAAAACGUUGAUGGACUGUUUAUGUGGUAUUUAUAUUCACUUUAGGUGUUCACCUAAACAUGGUGAUGAUGUUCUAUUGCGUCAUUUGGUUUUAGGUAAAGCACAUGUCUACCAUAAAGCAGCGUCUGCUGCAGGGCCGGGUUGAAAUAAAAAUUCCGUUCAUAUUGAGGUUUUGUAUUGAAUGAUUAUUAGCCUAGACGGUGUUACGAACAGAUGCUACUUACAAAGACGAUUAACACCUACAUACUCUAAUUUAUUUAUAUAUGUAUAUUCAUUUACUCUAUGUUGGUACACCGACCAGGCCAUUCACAAUGACCCGGCUUGAAUGCACGGCAGAUUGUCUGACCCAUGCCAACUCAAACUAUGAAAAAAAAACAAA